AUGGAAGACUGCCUCAAGGAAGUCUACGAGCGCCGACGGGAACUCACCGAGGCCCUAGAGUCGAGCCCAUAUGAUCUCAUAUUGUACCUCCAGCGAGCCCUAGUCCACCUUGAUCUGGGCUAUCCAGACCUGGCAAGUGGCGAUGCUUACAGAGCACUGCUACUCACUGAUGAGGUCGCAAACGAUGAGUUCGAAUAUCACGAAUCGGCCCUUGAAUGCCUGUUGAAAUACGAGGGAAGACCCUUGAAUGAACUAUUGCACACGGGUAUCCCAGCUGCGACCGUAGUGGGCGGAAGCACAUCUGUCACCCCCAACAAAGGAGAUGAAUGCAACUUGCGGGCUGAAGCUUCGGUCAAGUGUCUUCAAAUACUCUCGUCCAGCCUACUGCGUUGUGGCUGCCUCAAAAGUGCAUACAACUUCUGCCAACGAGGUCUGGCCGCAAAGGCGGACGACGAGAAGCUUGCCGCGACCCUCGAGCGCAUCAACGCAGCCGCUCGUCAGAGGUUGGGACGGGAGACGGUCGGCGUGGACGACAUGCCCGACGCCGGCCUGGCCCGCAGGGAGGUGUAUGCAUGGAACACACACGAGCCUGACAGGUUUUCGCAGGCAUCGCUCGACUACCUGAACGGACAGCUCGCAGCCAUGGCGCCCAAGUGCGUCGUCAAGGCGUCCGAGCUUCCCGUGUUGGCGGCCGGCGUGGCGGAGCAGGGCACUUGCAAGCAGCUCGGCGUGUUUGCCGCUGCCGACAUUGGGCCCGGCGAGGUCGUACUGCGAGAGUUUUCGGCGCUCACGGCCAACAACCGGCUGCAGGAGCCCGUGUGUGACGCCUGUGGGGAGGAACUUCCUUUGCUGAGCUCGGCGUCAGGUGGCGAGGGAGGACAGCAGGCCGUGAACUGCGAGGAGUGCAACGACACGGUCUUUUGUAGUCAGGAAUGCCACGACCAGGCUAUGGAACUUUACCACCCGGCAGUCUGCGACAAAGGGGUAGACUCAAUCGCAAAAGACCCCGAAGCUGCCGACAUCGACUACUCGCUCUACCUCCUUCUCCUCGCUCGCCUGCUAGCCAUGGCCGAACACCAGGACAUACACCCACUCGAUGUUCGGGAGGUCAAGUACAUCUGGGGUGACUUUGUCCCUCGCGGCAGCGACGGCGGCGGCGAAAACGACGCAGAGUGGGCUACCGGGACGCUCCCAUUCUCCUUCAGGUUCAACGUCGAGACGCCGCUACACGUCCUCGAGACGAUGGACGUCGACAUCUAUCGCACGCUCGCCCGGCACGACACGUGGGUUAUGAAUACGCUUUACGCAAAAUUCCGCGGCACAGCCUCGGCGAGAAAGAGCACGCGCGACGGCCGCCCCGACGUAGCGGCGGUUCAUCCCUUUUGGUGCCUAGCUAACCACGACUGCGACCCGAACGUCACAUGGGAAUGGAGCGGCAGGAUGGUGCUGCGGGCCAAGGAGGAGCGCGUGGAAUGGGGAGGCGAGCGCCGCGCCGCGGGGAUCAAGGCCGGGGACGAGAUACUCAACCACUACUGCGACGUCAACCUGAGCGUCCGGCAGCGCCGAGAGUGGGCAGAGGGGAGUCUUGGCGGCUGGUGCAUGUGCCAGAGGUGCCGGCACGAGGCGGCCGCCGCCGAGAAGGCCGAAUGA